UCUGUAAUUACUGCACCCAUACAUUGCGCAUAUACUGCCGCACGUACCAUAUGUCGGCGGAUCCAUCUCAAUUGCGCGUUAUAAAUUAUUUACCACAAAAUAAUCACCGUCAAAACACGUAAACAAAUGGGCUAACAACGUUACACACAACACUGCCCGAUAGGAGCGCUGAUCGCAGUUGUUUCCAAUAUGGCUACCGAGUGUCCGGUAUUCCUAUUUACUGUAUUUGAUUUUAGUAUCUAUGGUUGUUUGCGUUGUAAUUGGAACUGGAAGGGCCAUAUGUUUCUGUCGUCUGCUUGUAAUUUUUUGUUUUUACAAUUUAUCAUAACUUUGUUGCUUGUUUUAGCAUUAAUCAUGGAUGAUAUUUGUGAUAAUGUUAAUUAUAUUAGUUCGCCUAGAGCUCUCUCUUAUGUUCGGGAUAGUAAGCAAGGAAAGAAAGUGUUAAAACACAUGAAUAAAGUAUUGAGGAAUCUUUCAAAACUUGGAAUAAAGUCUUCGGAUGUACCUAGAAAGGGCGUGAUGGUGGGCAACGUGGGCCACGGCACCGGGCUGCAGGAGGCAGAGCUGCUCCGGGCCUGCCUGCCGUUCGGCGCCGUGCAGGCGGUGGUCAUGGUGCCCGGCAUGGCCUACUGCUUCGUCGUGUUUGCCGACCUGGCCGGGGCGGAGAGAGCCUACUCCGCCCUGCACGGCCGGAGGAACCCGGUGUCCCCCGACCUGCCGGUCCUGUACCUGGCGUACGUCGACUCAGUUCCAGGGUGUGACAGUGUGUGCAAGUUUGACCUGAAACCUCCGGGCUUGCUGCUGUAUGAAGAUUUUGUAACAGACGCUGAGGAAGAAUCACUGCUGAACUGUGUUGAUUGGACCAAUACCUCGUGCCAUUCAGGCAAGGUUCUGAAGCAGCGCCGAGUGAAGCACUAUGGAUACGAGUUCAGAUACGACACGAACAACGUAGACAAAGACUGCCCACUUCCAGAAGGAAUACCUCCGGAGUGUGACUUCCUGUGGCCGCGACUGAGGCAGAGAGGCUGUGACGUCGGCGCCCAGCCUCCGGACCAGUUGACGGUGAACCACUACGAGCCUGGUCAUGGAAUACCUCAGCACGUAGACACGCACAGUGCAUUUGAGGACCCGAUCAUGUCGCUGUCUCUCGGUGCAUCUGUGGUGAUGGACUUCAAGCAUCUGGAUGGACGGCACGCAGCAGUGGUCCUGCCUCGUCGCUCUUUGCUGGUGAUGUCGGGAGAAGCCAGGUUAGCUUGGAGCCACGGCAUCACGGCCCGCAAGACGGACGUGAUGCCUUCUGCCGGCGGCGGCCUGGUGGUCCAGGAUCGGAGCGCUCGCACAUCGUUCACGUUCCGCCGCGUCAGGCACGGAGAGUGUCGCUGCGAGCACCGCGACCGGUGUGACUCGCACCAGCGACGCUCGACUGCCGCCUUGGAGGCUGCGGGCACAGACGAGAUGGCAGCCGGCUUGGAGUCCCAGCACGUCCACGAGGUAUACGAGAAGAUAGCAGACCACUUCAGCGAGACACGCCACAAGCCAUGGCCCAACGUGCUGGCCUUCGUCCAGGCCUUGCCCCCUGGCGCAGUGCUUCUAGACGUGGGCUGCGGCAAUGCCAAGUAUUUUGCUCGCAACACCAAAGUCUUCCAAGUUGGUUGCGACACGAGCACGGGACUCGCCAGGGUGUGCAGGGAGCGUGGCUUCGAGGUGCUGACUGCCAACUGCCUGCAACUGCCCUUCCGGUCUGGCUUCGCGGACUGCUGCAUCAGCAUUGCCGUCAUCCACCACCUUGCCUCCCAGGCUCGUAGGCUGAGAGCAGUGCGGGAGAUGGUGCGUGUCCUGCGUCCGGGCGGCAGGGCGCUGCUCUACGUUUGGUCCAAGGACCAGCAGAGGGGGAUGCAGAGGUCUGCGUACCUGAAGCAAGCUAGCUGUGUCGGUGACGUGGAGACUAAGACCGUGAAAGACGAGACUCCGCGCGACGCGCUACUCCCCCUGCCCGUGCACACCAACAGGACGCAGUUCAAACAUCAGGAUGUGUUUGUCCCGUGGAUCAUGAAACCGUCUGGCACCACUUGCGUGCAGACACCGCCCACAUUUUACAGAUACUAUCAUGUCUUCGAAGAAGGAGAGCUGGAACAACUAUGUAGCCUCGUGUCUAACUGCACGGUCACCAGCAGCUACUAUGAUCAAGGGAACUGGUGUGUCAUUUUACAAAAAACACCUGCGUGACAUUACCCGAUAGUGUGCAGUCAAACAUUUUUCGAGUGAUUGUGGCCUGUAGCAUGGACAUCUUUAUAGUAGGUCUGAGCAUUGAAGAUGUCAUGUAUCGAACAGUUCAGGGGCUUAUGAAACAGCAGGAGAUAAGGCGUUCAUGGACAUGCAAAGUACAAGACAUACCAUAAACAUGAAUAUGUGUAAGUUUGAAGUUCCUAUUAUCAAUAUAUAUCUUGUAAAUAAAUUGUAGGAUGAAAAACUUCGCCAAUUUUAAAAAGCUUCCAAUGUUUUUUAAACUGGCCCAAAAAUUAUUUAAAUGUUUAUGGUGCAAUUUUUAUAUAUAUAUAAAAAAAUUGCAGUGACAAGAAAAAAUGGCAACAUUUACCCCUAAAAAAUGUAUCAGGCUACAUUCACUUUAAAUAGUUUUCCAGCAAAUGACUUGCAUACAAAUUUUUUAAUAAAUAAUGUUACUCUUUUACCCAA